CGGCCUCAGGCCCGUGCAGCCCUCGGCUUCCCGCCUUCAGGCCGAGGGUUUGGAUACUGAGGGGCUGGGAAGGAAGGAUUCCUUUACCAUGAGGUCCUCCCUACAGGCUGUGGCACUCUGGGGAAGGAAGGCACCUCCUCACAGCAUCACUGCCAUCAUGAUCACUGAUGACCAGCAAAUGAUUGUGACGGGAAGUCAAGAGGGUCAACUCUGCCUCUGGAAUCUCUCAUCUGAACUAAAGAUUUCGGCCAAAGAACUUCUUUUUGGUCACUCAGCUUCAGUGACGUGUUUGGCGAGAGCGAGAGACUUCUCUAAACAGCCCUUCAUAGUUAGUGCUGCUGAAAAUGGGGAGAUGUGUGUUUGGAAUGUCACCAAUGGACAGUGCGUGGAGAAGGCCACACUUCCUUACAGGCACACUGCAAUCUGUUAUUACCACUGCUCAUUCCGGAUGAUAGGAGAAGGCUGGCUUCUGUGUUGUGGAGAAUAUCAAGAUGUUCUUAUAAUUGAUGCCAAAAGUUUGGUUAUUAUUCACACUUUCACAUCAUCUCAGUCUCUGGAUUGGAUCAACUGCAUGUGCAUUGUUCACUCCAUGAGAAUUCAAGAAGAUUCUCUCUUGGUAGUGUCAGUAGCUGGUGAGCUCAAAGUAUGGGAUCUCUCUUCAUCUAUCAACAGCAUUCAGGAAAAGCAAGAUGUUUAUGAAAAGGAAUCCAAAUUUCUUAAUUCCCUGAACUGCCGGACAAUACGAUUUUGCACGUAUACAGAGAGACUUCUACUGGUGGUAUUUUCUAAAUGUUGGAAGGUUUACGAUUAUUGUGAUUUUUCUCUUCUUUGGACUGAAGUUAGCGGGAGCGGGCAGUUCUUUGCUGGUGGAGAGGUGCUUGCUGCUCACAGAAUCAUCAUCUGGACAGAAGAUGGUCACAGUUAUAUCUAUCAGCUGCUGAACAGUGGGCUUUCAAAAAGCAUAUACCCUGCUGAUGGAAGAGUGCUUAAAGAGACCAUUUAUCCUCAUUUACUGUGCUCUACUUCUGUGCAGGAAAAUAAGGUACAGAGCCUUCCCUUUGUUAUGGGCUACAUGAAUGAAAGGAAAGAGCCUUUUUAUAAGGUACUUUUCUCUGGAGAGGUCUCAGGAAGAAUUACUUUGUGGCACAUCCCUGAUGUUCCUGUAUCCAAGUUUGAUGGUUCUCCUAAAGAGAUACCAAUAACUACCACCUGGACCCUUCAAGAUAAUUUUGAUAAGCAUCAUACCAUGUCACAAAGUAUUAUUGACUACUUCUUUGGGUUUAGAGAUGAGAAUGGAAUUGCGGUUGUCACUUCAUCAGAGUAUGUUCCAAGUCUUGAUAAACUAAUAUGUGGCUGUGAAGAUGGGACAAUUUUCAUUACACAGGCUUUGAAUGCUGCCAAAGCAGGACUUCUAGAAGGCGGUUCUUUACUAAAAGGUUCCCUUCCUCAGAAAGUUCUCAAAGGCCAUCACCACAGUGUUACUUCCUUGCUUUAUCCACAUGGUCUCUCUUCAAAAUUAGACCAAAGUUGGCUGGUAUCUGGGGACCAGGACUCAUGGGUCAUCUUGUGGGAUAUCUUUACUGAAGAAAUUUUGCAUAAAUUCUUUUUGCAAGCUGGUUUAGUAACGAGUCUUUUGAUGUCACCAGAGAAUUUCAAACUACGAAGUCAUCAGGUAAUUUGCUGUGUGUGCAGUGACCAUUCCGUGGCUCUCCUUCACCUUGAGGAGAGGAGGUGCCUCCUGAGCGCCCGAAAGCACCUUUUCCCUGUGAGGAUGAUAAAAUGGCAUCCCGUCGAGAACUUUCUAAUUGUUGGAUGUGCAGAUGACUCUGUCUACAUCUGGGAAAUUGAGACAGGCACUUUGGAAAGACAUGAAACGGGAGAAAGAGCAAGGAUUAUCCUUAAUUGUUGUGAUGAUUCACAGCUUCUAAAGCCUGAAUCUGUACUUCCAGUUGCCUCAGAGACACAUAAGCACAAAAGUGUAGAACAGAGGUCCUCCAGCUCCUGCCAGUUUGGGCCAAUACCUUGCCCUGGUCUGCAGGUGGAGUCUUCAUGUAAGGUCGCUGAUGCCAAGUCUUUCUCAGGACCUUUUAAUGUCUUGCCUGUGAAGACAAAAUGGAGUAACAUUGGUUUUCAUAUCCUUCUAUUUGAUCUGGAAAACCUUGUUGAACUUUUGCUGCCAACUCCAAUCUGUGACGUUGACCCUUCCAAUUCAUUCUAUGGCAGUGAGAUCCUGAGAAGAGCCAAAAGCACAGUAGAGAAGAAAACACUGACACUGAAAAGAAAUAAAACUGCCUGUGGUCCUCUCUCAGUGGAGGCACAAGCCAAGCCUGUUAGUGAAAGCCCAGCCCAAGGAGAAAAUACCAUGAAGUUAUCAGAAGAAAAUGAUGGCAUUAAAAGGCAGAAGAAAAUAAAGAGCUCCAAAAAGAUGCACCUUAAGCAAUCUAGAAAAGUCAAUGCCAACCUCACAAUAGACACAGCUAAAUUGCUCCUAUCUUGCCUUUUGCCAUGGGGAGUGGAUAAAGAAUUAGACAAUCUUUGCAUUAAGCAUCUCAAUAUUUUAAAGCUUCAAGGUCCCGUUUCUUUAGGACUUGCUUCAAAUGAAGAUCACUUCUCACUGAUGCUGCCAGGUUGGGAUUUAUGCAAUGCUGAAAUGAAAAAAGACUAUUCAAAAGUAAAUUUAUUUUCCAGAAAAGUUUUGGACUUGUCAAAUAAAUACACUUCCACUCUUCCAAAUCAGGCUGGGAUGCCAAGCAGACCGGAAAAUAAUUCUGAUUCUUUGCAAGAGCCAAACACUAUAGUUUACUUAUUGAGCAAACUAUUUUUAGUUAAUAAGUUAGUUAACAUGCCUUUAGAACUGGCAUGUGGAAUUGACAGUUCUUUCACAAUGGAGUCUGUGCAUAACAAGAUGAAAAGUCCUGGGAAUGAUAUUUUAAAUGUUUCAAGCUUCUACGGUUAUUUACGAAAUGGUAAGAGUGAAUCCCAUCUACCUGAAGCUGACGUUUCACUUUUGAAGCUAAUUUCCUGUUGGAAAGACCAGUCUGUCCAGGUAACUGAAGCAAUACAAGCUGUUCUUUUGGCGGAAGUUCAACAGCACAUGAAAACCUUUAGAAAGACACCAGUCAACAGUGAACCAGUGUUGGUGGCAGAGAAUGGUGACUAUGAGAUGACGCAGAUCCUGCCAAAGAUGGAAUGGGCCAAGGAGCCAGAGUUACAGUGUAUUACAGACACUUUGUCUUUGCAAACUCCAGUCAGUCCGGUCAAGCAUGACAGCAACUCAAACUCGGCAAACUUCCAAGACACCGAGGACAUGCCUGACAGAUGUGUCUUGGAAGAGUCUGAGAAUCCAGGUGAACGAAGGCAUCAUUUAUGGAUAGCAAAGGUGUGCUCCUGCAAGCUGUGCUAAAUGGAAUCUCAUCUGUAG